AUGGCCCUGCGGCUGUCGGUCACUGCGGAUGCUGCAGCGCGCCUGGCGAUUGACAGGCGCACCAGCGGGUCAUCGCCUCAAAUCCCAGGCAUUGUUUACUGCGCAGUCGAUAAAACUGGCAACAUCGUUUUUCAACAUGCCUCGGGCCAGACAGGCCUAAAUCAGAAGCCGCCCAUGACCAUGGACACGACUUUCUGGCUAGCCUCUUGCACGAAGCUGAUCACGAGCAUUGCGUGCAUGCAACUUGUUGAGCAAGGAAAGCUUGCUCUAGAUGAUAGCGUGCAAUUAGAAUUACUUGCACCGGAGCUGAAACGGGUCAGAGUCCUUGAACGCGAUGAGAAUAACGGGUUUCGUUUGAAUCGGAAGGAGAGAAGCAUCACCCUCCGAAUGCUGUUGAAUCACACUUCUGGGUUUGGCUACGCGUUUGAGGAUAUAAAAUUACGAGAUUGGUCACGGCCCGUUGGCAUUGACGACUUCUCUGGGAACCCGAAUGAUGUCUUACACGGACCUUUGGUCAGCCAGCCAGGAACAAAGUUUCAAUAUGGAGUAGGUCUGGACUGGGUUGGAACACUAGUCGAACGUGUCACUGGCCUUAGCCUGGAAGAGUAUUUCCAAACUUUCAUCCUGCGACCGCUGGAUAUCAAAAGCAUUACUUUCUUUCCUUGCAAGGAAUCAAAGGCGACGGUGGCCUACAUGCACUCUCGUACAGCCGAUGGAACGUUAAGCAUUCGAGAUCACCUUUAUAGAUAUCCGUUGCUACCAUAUAAUCCCCAAGAGUACCAUUUUUGUAUGGGCGGAGCUGGCUGUUUUGGGAAGCCAGUCGAAUAUUGCCGGAUCAUCGCAACUAUAUUGAACGGCGGGCUCAGCCCAAAUACAGGCGUCAGAAUUCUAAAACCUGAGACUGUGAAAGAGAUGUUCACGGACCAAAUUCCAACCUUCCCUCGAUAUUGCAACGUGAGUACACCAUCGGGUAAACCUGAACUUGCCAACCCUUGUCCCUUGAUACCAUGUGCGGACGAUCUCACCGAAGGGUGGGGUCUGUCUUUCUCCCUGAGUCAUACCAAGAGCGCGACUGGGAGAGCAGCGGGCUCGGGCUCGUGGGAAGGACUCGCCAAUCUUUUUUGGUUUGCAGACCGUGAAAAUGGAAUUGGCGGAAUCAUCGCCUCUCAAAUAUUACCAUACGGUGAUCUUGAAGUGCUGGGAUGUUCUGAGUGUGUGGAGAAAAUAAUAUACGACGACGUUAUUCAAUCUGUAGUUUUGUGA